AUGGAAUCAAUGGCUCAGUUAAUUGGAUAUAAUCAUAUAUUAUCUACUGUUUACCAUCCACAAAGUAAUGGGAUGGUUGAACGUUUUAAUGCAACUUUUGUGCCUCAAUUGGCUAAACUUCAUGAUCGUGAGAACAACAAUUGGGAUGAAUAUUUACAAUCAGUGGUAUUUGCAUACAAUACAGAUAUCCAUGCAGCUACUCAACAUUCUCCAUUUCAGCUACAAUUUGGUCGUGAUGCACAUUAUUACAAUCAAUUAAAGAAAAGUCUUAAAAUUAUCCAACAAAAUGCUCAAAAACAAUCAAUUUAUUCUCAUAUGAUCAAUAAAAAAUAUUAUGAUAAAAAUCGAAGCAAUCCACAAUAUGAAAUUAAUGAUAAAGUUUUGAUUAGAAUUCAUGGUUCAAGAUCAAAAUUAGAUCCACGCUACUCAUUGACUCCAAAAAUUAUUAUUCAAAAACAACAUCCAACUUAUUACGUUCGAGAUCAAUUAAAUGAUCAAAUUACUCGUGUACAUGUGAAUGACAUACGUCCGAUAUUAUUAUCAUAA